AUGGGGGCCAACCCAGCAACCCCAAAUCUAAGCCUCUUAGGCCCCAAUGUUAUGAUCAAAAAUGCGAAGGACAGCCAGUCGCCAUCAGCCAGCAGCCGGGAGCUCCCGCCGUCCAGUAACCCCUCCUUUGCUUCCUCUUUCUCUACCGAGCUGCUGGAGGGCUCCUGGGAUGGCACCUGUCACGUUACAGGCGCAGAAAAUCGCGUGGAGCCUGGUCUGUCUGCAGAGCUCGGACCCAACGAGUAUCUCCGGCUGCAAGGCCUUACGAGGCUUCGCCUGCAGGCCCCGCGAGCUCCGUUGAUGGGAGAGGACGUGGUGCCGUAUUUUAAGACGGAGCCGGGGCUGCCGCAGACGCACCUGGAGGGCAACCGCCUGGUCCUCACCUGCCUGGCCGAGGGCAGCUGGCCCCUGGAGUUCAGGUGGCUGCGCAACGACAGCGAGGUCACCGCCUACAGCAGCGAGUACAGGUACGUGAUCCCGGCGCUGCGGCAGCUGGACGCCGGCUUCUACCGCUGCGCCGUGCGGAACCGGCUGGGCGCGCUCCUGCAGAGAAGAUCGGAGGUCCACGUCGCCUAUAUGGGCAGUUUCCUGGCUGGAGAGCAGAGGAAGACGGUGCCCGAGGGACAGGCGGCCAUCCUGGACCUGCCGCCCCUCCGCAGCUACCCCAGGCCCCAGGUGACCUGGUUCCGAGAAGGACACAAGAUCAUCCCCAGCGACAGAAUCGGGCAGCCAGCCUCCACGCCCACCACCCGCGCGGAGAUGGAGCGCGUCCCUCAGCGGCACUCGGGACGGCCGGACUUUCACAUUCCCCCUCAUCUAGUGGGUGUACCUUCCUGUGGUUUCACUGGUGUCCCUGAUGCUUAGUGGGGUUAAGUAUGUUUUUAUAUGUUUGCCAGUUGCAUGUCCUCUCUGGUGAAGGGCCAAGUCUUGCCCAUUUU